GAGGGCGCCGCCAUGGCGGCGGGGGGGCGCGGAACAGCUGACCCGCCAAGAUGGCGGCGCUGCGGGACGCGGAGUUCGUGGCGCUGCAGAGCCUGCUGAAGGCGCCGUCCAAGGACGCCGUGCGGCAGCUGUGCCAGGAGUGCUUCUCCAGCCCGCCCGCCGCGCUCGGAGCGCUGGCCCAGCGCGCCUGCCCCGGGCUCGCCGCCGGCCCCGAAGAAGCGGAGCAGCUGGUAUCUGCUUUGCACAACCUCACCAGGCAUGUCGUGUACUGCGGCUUGACGAGGGCAGAAGAUAUCCUCUCUCUUUUCCCAGAAAACUUCCACCAAAAUCUGAAAAACCUUUUGACUAAGAUAAUCUUGGAGAAUAUCUCUGCUUGGAGGAAUGAAGCACAAGCAAGUCAGAUUUCCCUGCCCCGGCUGGUCGACAUGGACUGGAGGGUGGACAUCAAGACCUCUUCAGACAGCAUCAUAAGAAUGGCAGUCCCUACUUGCCUGCUUCAGUUAAAGAUUCAGGAAGAUGCUGCCUUAUGUGGAAAUAAUCCUGUUGUUUCUGCACUGACUGUGGAACUGAGUAAAGAAACCCUGGACACUAUGUUAGAAGGUCUAGGAAGGAUUCGGGACCAACUUUCUGCCGUUGCAAACAAAUGAAUAUUGGCACAGAUUCCAGCAGCAAGGAAUGGAAGUAUUUUCUACCUACAGCUCUCAUAGGUUGCAGUCCAGUGCAACAUGUUGUCUGUUUUAACAAAACAAAACUGAAGAAGUUUCUUCAUUGAAUUAAUGAGAUAGCUUUUGAAAAGCUAACACUUAAAUAUUCACGAUACCAAAAAGUACUUUCACAAUAUAUUGUUGAACAAAAGCUGUUCACCGUUUCAGAAGAGAGUUGGAGGGCUCAGAGCUGGGCUUAAUCACAAGGGUCAUAGGUGGAAGGAGCAAAUAGCUGCAGCCUGUGAAACAAGUGCUAUGCCUCUGCCCCGAAAUGAGAAUCUAAAAGGCUCAAACUGGUUAACAGGCUGCCUUCCAGUGUUAGAAGAGGAGGUUCUUCUCUCUGGAAUGUGCAUAUACUGAGGUGCGUGCUAGAUGUAGCACCCUCUCCCUCAGUGAAGCACAGCCAUGCUGCAGAUGGUUAUUACAGGAUAGUGCUUUGAAAUAGGGCAAUUAUGCACAUUCCCUUCUGAUCAGCUUAGUAGCACCAUUUGCAAAAUGACUAGUCUGAACAUCUUUAGCAGGAAAUAAUUUCCUCCUUCUGUCUGAAAAGAAAAAAAGGAGUUCACAUAAUUCAUGUUGGGGUUUAUUGGACUCUGGGCUUUGCUUUUGCUGCACAAAAACCAGACGGGGAAAGUAACUGAAGUCUGUUCUCUGUACUGUAGGAAACUCUUCUGUGGUAGUAUGUGCCUAUACUUCUCCAAAUUGUUCUGUUGUUGGUGUAAAUCUUCAUUUAAUUAAAGAAUGAAAUGGUAAUUGA